CUGCAUUCGGCUCUACCAUAAAAGGCAAGCGUCAGUAGGCUAUUGCAUACUCUGUGAAGGCUAGCUGGGUUGGUCGUAGCUGGUUGGUUGUUUAGGUCACCCGGUUGAUGGGGUAAUAUAGUCUAGUUGUGGAGAAAGUCAACGAAGUCAAUUUGAAAGGCAGUCAAUAACGAGCCGCGUCCAGAGGCUGCACAUUUCUAUCCGGCAGAUGGCGAUGUACGAGGUGACCGUCAGAACAUCGCGGGAGCCACACUCCGGCUCCUACUGCGGCGUGCAGGUCACUCUGAUUGGUGUGCAAGGCGAAAGCCUCCCCGCCUCGCUGGACCCAGAGCACCAGCACCUAACGCCCGGUUCGGCCUGUGCAGUGACGGUGCGGGUGGACCAGCCUCUGGGCCCCCUGGUGCUGGUUCGGCUGCGUCUGAAGGCCCGUCCGGGCUUCCCAGAGCAGGACUGGCACUGCCAGGCUGUGGAGGUCAGCUUGGGCAGCGAGACGGACCAGCCGGCCCAGCUGUUCCCCUGCAAUAAGUGGCUACAACCAGCAGAUGGAGACAUUGAGCUGCGGAACGGACAGGUUUGUACUGUAAACUCAGAGACUCUGCAGGUACUGAAAGAGCACAGAGCCAAGGAGCUUCAGACCAAACAGCAGCAUUUUAGGUGGUGCACAUUUGCCGAAGGAGUCUCCAGCUGUGUGGAUUUUCAGAGCCUGAAGCCCCUGGGACCCAACCUCACUUAUACCCGCAAGAGCCCAGGGGUGGACACGUUCUAUCUGAAGGGCUUCACUGAUAGACCCUGGGGCAGCUUUGAGGAGCUCCAGACACUGUUCGCCUUCAAUGCCAGAGACAACAUCACCGCAAAUUUUGUUCGGGCCCACUGGUCCGAGGACUCCUUCUUCGGCUAUCAGGCCCUGAACGGCUGCAACCCGCUGGAGCUGCACCAGAUCCGCCAGGCCCCGCCCAACCUGUCCGUCAGCACCGACAUGCUCCGCCCAUUCCUGCCCGAGGGCUCCUCAUUGGAGCAGGAGAUGGAGAGGGGAACCAUUUUCCUGCUGGAUUAUAAAGUUCUGGACGGAGUUCCGGCCAACACUGUCAACGGGAAGCAGCAGUACCUGGCAGCACCUCUCUGCAUUCUGCACUACAGCCAGCAGGGGGAGCUGAAGCCCAUCGCUAUUCAGCUGCAGCAGACCCCCGGAGCACAGAACCCGGUGUUUGUGCCCUCUGACCCGGAUGCUGAUUGGCUGCUGGCGAAGAUGUGGGUGAAGAAUGCAGACUUCCAGUGCCACCAGCUGCUCACGCACUUCCUGAACACGCACCUGCUGGGAGAGGUGUACUGCACCGCCACCCUCAGGCAGCUCCCGGAAGUGCACCCGCUGCACCAGCUGAUCAUGCCGCAUGUGUGGACCACUCUUCAGAUCAACAUCCAGGCUCGACUCUCACUGCUGGCACCGGGUGGUGUGUUUGACAAGUCUAUGGGUGUUGGUUUGGAGGGAAUACCGGUGUUACUGCGGAAAGGCGCAGAGCAGCUGAAGUACAGCGCCCUCUGUGUGCCGGAGGACCUGAGUGACAGGGGAGUCAGAGACCUCCCCAUAAACUACUAUUCCCAGGAUGUGCUGAGAGUGUGGUCCGCUCUGCACAGGUUUGUGGGGACCUGGGUAGACCUGUACUACCCCACUGAUGGGGACGUCCAUCAGGACACAGAGCUGCAGAUGUGGAUCCAGGAGGUCUUCACACACGGGGCCCUGGGGCAAAGCGAGACAGGCUUCCCUCAGGCCUUCCGGUCUAAAACGGAGCUCAGCAAGUUUGUUACCAUGGUGAUCUACAGCUGCUCAGCACUACAUGCAGCGGUGAACUUCUCCCAGGCGGAUUUUAACCUGUGGAUGCCGAACACCCCCUUCACCAUGUCCUGCCCCCCGCCCCAGUCUAAGGGCUCUGUGAGCAGCAGGGAAGCGCUGCUCUCCAUCCUGCCCCCGGCCAACAGCACCUGCAGCGUCCUCACCACCCUCAUCCUCCUCUCCAAGCCCGCCCUGGACUUUGUUCCUUUAGGCCAUUACCGUGAGGCCCACUUCAGCAGUGGCGCCCCCCAGAGGCUGGUGGAGGCACUGCAGAAGGAGCUGAAGGUCAUUAGUGGCGAGAUCGCGGAGAGGAACACCAAGCUGCAGCUGCCAUACCCCUACCUGUCUCCAGAGUCCAUCGAGAACAGUGUGGCCAUCUGAUCAGCACAGGAAGUGACCCACAGGAAGUAGCCUGUGGCUCCAACACUGUAGCAAUGUGUGUCAGCCGUGCACAAUACUGCAUGCUUUUCUAUACAACAUUUAAAUAUUUACAACCGGCCACUAUGCACCAACUUAAGCAUUUACAUUUACAGAUUUCAUUUUUCUUUCUUUUUAAGCUCAGCUCCACAGAAUGCAUGCAUGCUGCAAGAAUGAAAAAGUACAUUUAGGCACACUGUCAAAAGCAAUGCCAGAACAGGAUAAGUAACACCGGACGAAUGUGCAAUAUCAGUCUCAGAUAACAGAGGUGGAACCAGAUGGCCCAUUCUGCUUAGUCCAACCAUCUCUCAGUCGCUUUGGAUAAAAGAGUCAGAUAAAUAACAAAAUUCUAAUGAUUCUGUCCUAAUCACAGAGUUGAAUUACCAUAUCUCAGGAUUACUGCUUCAUUUACAAGUUAUCUGUUCUUUUUUCAUUAUAUAAUGGUAUUAAAAUAAUGGGAAAUAAAAUGCUUUGGUAUUGAGA